GGCCUCAGUGCCGGGGCUCAACAAAAGCAGAGAGAGGAUCCCCACCCUCUCACCGCCUCUGCUCUUUUGGCAUCCCUCCCCCCUGUAGUGACUGGUCUUUGUCUGUAUAUACAUGACUAUGAUCUCACGUGCAACUCCCCCUGUAGCUCUACCCCACACACCUAUCUCCUCCCAUCCAUCCCUAUGCCUAGCUAGCUUUGUUUUCUGAUAAACUCCGCCUUUAAAACCUCCCCCCUCUGAUCUCCCCUCUUCCUUAACCAUAAAAAAGAAAAAAAGAAAAAAAAAGAAAACAGAAAAGAAAAAAAAAAACACCUUCUUGUAGCUCUCCCCCACCCUCCUUCCCUUUUCCCUUCUUCUUUCAGUCUUGAUUAUUGAAGUGGGCAUUCAAAGAAACAGUUCUCUCUGUUUUCACUUUACUAGCUUCUUCCAUUUUACAGGGUUCCGAGAGAGAGAGAGAGAGAGAAUGGCCUUAGAAGCUGUGGUUUUCCCGCAGUACCCGUUUGGUUAUGCUUACAGGGAUUUCUACACUCUGGGCGCGGGGGGAGGUUGCAGCUACGACUUGGAUUUGCAGGAUGAGAACAAAUCUUUUGCUGGGAUUCUUGACCACGGCAGCAACUGGGAUGCUUUGUCUUCCCCUUCCGUGAUCCAACACGUCAAGGAAUUGGAUCAUACUUCUUCCCCGGAGGCAUGCACGGCCGGAGCCGAUCAGUUUCCGGUUGGCUGCGUGUCCCCAGAUCAGAUAGAAACUCCGGCGGCGGCCGCCCCCAGUCGGCGGAAGAGACGGCGCACCAAGAGCAGCAAGAACAAGGAGGAAGUGGAAAACCAGAGGAUGACCCACAUUGCGGUGGAGCGCAACCGCCGGAAGCAGAUGAACGAGUAUCUGGCGGUGCUCCGCUCUCUGAUGCCACCAUCUUACGUUCAAAGGGGAGAUCAAGCAUCAAUCAUUGGAGGCGCAAUUAACUUUGUGAAGGAGCUGGAGCAGUUCCUGCAGUCCGCGGAGGCUCAGAAGAGGACCAACCAACAACCCAACAAUGGCCUCCCUUCCUCCCCUUUUUCCGACUUCUUCUCCUUCCCGCAGUAUUCCGCACAGGCAUCCCACUGCGGCAACCCGCCGCCGGCAGCGGUGGGGGCCGCCGUGGGUGGCAGCCCAACAGGCGGGGACAACCGGUGGGGUGCGGCGGACAUAGAAGUGACGAUGGUGGAGAGCCACGCCAACAUCAAGAUACGGUCAAAGAGAAGGCCGAAACAGCUGCUGAAGAUGGUGGCUGGGUUCCACACCCUCCGCCUCUCCGUUCUCCACCUCAAUGUCACCACCCUCGACCAAAUGGUCCUCUACUCCAUCAGCGUUAGGGCUGAGGAGGGAUGCCAGCUGACCACAGUGGAUGACAUUGCUGCUGCUGCUAAUCAGAUGCUGAGGAGAAUUGAUGAGGAAGCUUCGUUGAGCUGAACAUGGCAACAUGCAUUGCAUGCACUCUUCCAUUUUUUAGCUGGCCUCAUCUUCCUACUUCAACUGCCUUAAUUAAUUACCUUUUUAAAUUUUAAAUUCUAAAAUUUCCCCUUUCUUUCUUUUUUCCAUUGAAGACAUGGUGCGCUUACAACAUUUUUCCCAAUUUCAUAACUAGGGCCUCCUGCCCUUUGGUUGUCGGUGUUAGUUCUUGUGCUAAAUUAAUCAUCUUUAGAAGCCUAUUUUUAGUAUUUCCUUUGGCUUUUAAUAUUCCGAAUUAAAAACUUAUAUUUUUAUUUAGUGCGAAGAUUGAUGGAA